CUGGAAUCAGGGCUGGGGGCCCUCGCCGGGCCCCGGGACCGUCCAAGAACGACUCGGUACGAGAAGCAGGUCUUGGAGAAGGGAUCGAGACCUGCGGGGGCCCACGUCGAGAGCAGAUCACGACGUCGGGGGUCCAGGUCUGGGGGCACGAGCACAUGCUGUACUCUGGCGGGGGCUGGGUCAACUCCACGCACGUGCAGGCCUUCACGGCGUCGGCGCGGUCGAUGCUGGGGCCGCGGAACGGAAAGGCCUCGCAGGAGCGGCGCUUGCUGCUGACCGAGCGGGGCAGGAACUCGUCGUGGGGCAGGUGGAUCGACAAUUUCGCCGCCGUGCGGCUGGAGGCCGAGCGGUGGGCGGCUGGCAGCGGAGUGGUGGACCGCGUGGAGGUGUCCGAUUUUGCGCAGCUGCCGCUGGCCGAGCAGCUGGGGCAAGCCGCCGGCCUGCGCAUCCUCUUCGGCGCCCACGGCGACGGGCUCACCUGGGGCGCCUUCAUGGAGCCCGGCGGGGCCGUCUUGGAGGUGGUGCCCGCCAGGCGGCAGGGCUUCCAGGUCUGCGAGGAGGGCGCCAACAGGAACCCGCGGGGCAUCUUCGGCGGCGUGGCGCGGCUGGCGGGGCAGGCGCACGUUUGCUUCGUGAGCCCCGAGUCGAAGGUGCUCCCCUUCGAGAGCUUCGAGAAGGACGCGUGGCAGUGGGGCUGCCCGCGGCGGCCACCAAGGGAGCUGCGGCGAGGGGGGGGGGCGGCCGUGCAAGCAUGAAGUCGGGCCUGUCCCUCUGCAGGAGGAAUGUGUUCAAAGGCAG